UUCCUUGUGUGACAAGCACACACAUUCACACUUUACAUUGCACUAUGACACAGUAGGUAACUUAUUGCACUCUCUCACGCACACAUACUGUACUUUUAACCACUUUUUUCAAACCCACUAAAAACCAGGCAUUGGGUCUAUCUCACAAAUUCUAUCACGUGCUUGUCCUUUUAUGCUCUCCUGCAAGUUGAAAGAUGUGAUUCAUGGAUGGUGAGGGGACAUCUUCUGCAACAGCUGCUUGAGGUGCUGUUUUAAUCUGAUUCCCUGAAGUUCUGGUGACCACAUGGCAUUAUCACUUAGCAAUCCAUGACUUAUUAUACAUUACUAUGACACCAGUGGGACAUCUUGUACCGCUCAACGGAUCCAGUGGAAGGGUGACUGCAUCUGAUCGUCUUGAAGCAGAUAAAGCCAAAUAUGUGAAAUCUCCACAAGUAAUACAUCGCAGGCAAAACCCAGCUAUCACCCCUGUGUUGUCCAGGAAAUCAAGCUUAAUGCCUUGUAGUUCACAAUUACAAUCAGAAUAUUCUGUUAACAACCUCUUUAGCUCAACUACUCAACAGGACUCUCGAAAGCAAAGUAAUUCCAAUUUUGACAAAUGUAAUGAUGUGUUUACAUCUGCCACAUCAAGGCCUUCCUCACCAGAAAGGUUUAAACCAAAAACGAUCCUAUCUCAUUCUCGAAGCCUGUCUCCUAGCGUGCUGAGAAAUCAAGCACAUCUUAAUUUUCAGCCUCAAAAAGAACAGACAUAUAGCCCAAAUAGCAAAUUUCCUUUGUCCCAGAAUGGAAGCAACCCACAGACUACCCCUGGGUCUCCGACAACCAAUCCUCACUGUUUAAGGAGAUUGAGUGGUAAAAGAAUGAACCGGCCAGACUCCCUUAUUAUUUACAGACAGAAGCGGGAUGUGGCAUUAUCCAGCAAAGAAAACAACAACGAGGAGGCAGGGCUUGUCAUUCGGCUUCUCCAAGGGACACCACUAUUAAAAAGAAGUUCUCGGUUUUCACAACAUACAGGUCAAACCUGCAACCAAGAGGUCCCACUGUCACCACGGCUACAAAGAGGAAAAGAGAAAACACUUGUUUGCCAAACUCCUUGCCCCAUGUUCUCUAAUGUUCAAGAAGUCUCUAUAGAAGACCAGCUGACCUUUACUGAUUUUGAAGCCCAAACAUUUUUUGAGAGCUGUGGUUUGGAAGGUAGCUUGUUAAACCUACUUAAUAGCUACCAAAAAGAAGAAACCACACUAAUGGGUAGUCUGGAAUCCAUGGACAGAGUGAGCUGUGCUCUUGGUAUUGCAGAAGAGGAGAAACAAGAAAAAACUCCAGUAUCUGUAAUUGAACGUAAUGCCCGUGUAAUAAAGUGGAUAUACAGCUGUCAUCAAGCACGUAGCAUUGGAGGACAGGAAAAUAAGCAGCUGACUAGGGAAUCUACUGUUUGACAUGGUUCACAACACAACUCAACGCUAUUAACAGUGCAAGAAAACAAAACCACAGUAACUUUCUACAUCUUACCAAUUCUAUUUCCCAAACAAACUUGUAAAUCGUUGCAAAAUUAGUUAAAUUCAUAUUUUUAGACAAAAUAAUUUCCUUACUGGUUGCUUUUAAUUUAUGUACAGCCUUUUUGCAUCAUUUUAUGUUAAUGACCUAUACCACCUAGUUCUUACUGCAUUACUUUUACUUAUUAACGUAUUGAAAGGUGAACACAUUAAAAUAUGCUGACAAAUCAGCUAAUUCUAUGCUAGAAUUUCAAUGAUGUUAGAAUAUGUAGAGGAAUCUGUGUUGAAUCAUCUACUGUAGAUAUUUAUUUUCAGCAAAUUUCCAAAUUGGCAUUGGUGUUUUGUUGGUUUUAAGGUCACAUUAAAGAUAGAAAACAGAUCUGUUAAGAUUCAUGUUUUUAUAGCCGUUAUGAAUUCCCACAGACGUAUUUAGGAUUGCAGAAACAACAUAUUGAAAAAAUAUAACCAUUUUUAUAGGGGAUGACUACCGAAUAAUUAGUUGCCUUUAUUUUAGUAAUCACAAACAAAUGGACACAUGGUCAUUUCCAAACCUGCUUAUGUCACACAAUUCCAUUGGGGAAUA